AUGAGCGAUCUCCAAGAUGAGGGGAUUGCCAUUGUUGGAAUGGGCAAGUCAUUCACGCUGCCAUGCCGACUUCCCGGUGAUGUUCAGGAUCCCAAGUCCUUCUGGGAUCUUUUGAUGAGCCAAAAGCUCGCACGUGGCCCUUUCCCAAGUAACCGGUUCAAUGCCGAUGCCUUCUACAAUCCGCAAAAAGGACGACCCGGAAACAUACGAUACAAGGAGGGUUACUGCAUUGCAAAUGACCUUGAACACUUUGACGCCGGCUUCUUUGGCAUGUCUGCCUCGGAUACUCUGUGCCUCGAUCCCCAGCAGCGUCAGCUACUCGAGUGCUGCUUUGAGUGUCUUGAAUCUGGAGGCAUCACACUCGAGGAUGUCUCUGGUACCAUGACUGGUGUGUAUGUGGGCAACUUUGCCAGCGACUAUGAGACACUGGCAUUCAAGGAGCCCGAGAGGAUUGAGGGCAUGGCUGUUUUGGGGAUGGGUAGAACGACAGUCAGUAACCGUGUGAGCUACAUGUAUAACCUCCACGGACCCAGCGUUACCAUGGACACAGCAUGUUCUUCAACACUGUAUGCACUACACUUUGCAGUACAAGCUCUCCGCAAUGGUGAAGUUCCCGCUGCCUUCGUCGGCGGAGUUAACUUGAUUCUCACCCUUGAGUAUCAUUUUGCCAUUGGUCAGAUUGGCGCCCUUUCUCCUACUGCGCAGUGUCAUGCAUUCGAUGCAUCCGCAGACGGUUACUCUCGCGGAGAAGCCAUCAACGUUCUGUACUUGAAGCGUGUGUCAGAUGCGAUUCGGGACGGUGAUCCUAUCCGUGGUGUCAUUCGAGGGUCAUCCUUGACUGCGAACGGCAAAAACAAUGGCAUUACUCUCCCCAGUGCCCUCGCUCAAGAACUGUCUAUCCGUAAGGCUUAUGAGCAUUCAGGUCCUCUCGACUAUAAUUCAGUCGGCUAUGUGGAGUGCCACGGAACAGGAACUCCCGCAGGAGACCCUAUCGAGACAACCGCUAUUGGCAAUGUGUUUGGAAGCCAUCGUGAAUGGCACGAUCCACUAUGCAUUGGGUCGACCAAGCCGCAGGUCGGUCACGGAGAGGCCUGCUCGGCAAUCACAAGCAUCAUGAAGGUGGUGCUAGCGAUGGAAAACGGAGUUAUCCCUGGCACUAUCGGUGUGAAGAAACUAAAUCCCGCUUUGGAUCUCAAAGGAGGCGCCCUAGCUGUGGUUACCAAGAACACACCCUGGCCAGAAGGCAAAAAGAAGCGUUCUUCAGUUAACUCAUCUGGCUAUGGCGGUGCCAACGGACACGUUGUCAUUGAUGGCGUUGAUGAGUAUUUCAAGAGCAUCGGCUUCUCUAACCCGUCUAAUGCAACUCCUGAAGUCGACCCAUACAGCACAAUACUUCAGAAGAAGUUUCUGCUGCCGGUUACAGGGCAUGACGAUCAUUCCAUGCGCAAAAGAUUGGAAGAUUUAAUUCAAGUGUUGGGCAAGCAGACCCACGAUAUCCAUGAGCUUCUGUAUACCAUGAUUGCCCGCCGAACACGGUUCUCCCACCGGGCCAUGAUCCCAGUGGAGAUCAGCAGCGGCAAGACGUUGAAGAUUGGAGACCCAGUUACCGGUCGUACAAAUAACAGCGUCCCAACAGUAGCCUUCGUCUUCACCGGACAAGGUGCUCAGUGGGCCGAGAUGGGCCGACAGCUGUUGGACUGCUACCCAUCUGUGCGCCAAACUUUCAAAAAGCUUGACCUGGCUCUUUCACGCUUGAAACAGCGACCAACGUGGUCGUUGAAAGAAAUCCUGCUGGAGCCCGCCGAGACGAGCAAGAUUGGCGAAGUCUCCUUCUCCCAACCUAUCUGCACCGCUAUCCAAAUUGCGAUUGUCAAUUUACUCCGCGAUUGGGGGGUGAAGCCCGAAGCUACCAUUGGUCACUCGUCUGGUGAGCUCGCUGCCGCAUAUGCGGCCAAAUUAAUCACUGCAGAAGACGCCAUAAUAGCAGCCUAUCUGAGGGGUGUACAUGCCGCCCUCACACAGGCUCCGGGAACUAUGAUGGCAGUUGCACUUAGUGCAAGUGAGGCAGAGAAGGUUCUUGUCGAGAGGGGCAUUUCGUCUGCCGAUGCUGCUGUUGCCUGUAUCAACUCGCCCGAGAGUGUCACGCUGAGCGGUAAAACAGAGCCCAUGGAUGCUUUGCACAAAAUUUUGAAACAGCGUUCAAUUCUUUGCAAGAAACUCCCAACUGGUGGAAAGGCUUACCAUUCCCCGAGCAUGAAAGAGGUGGGAUCAGGUUACAGCGAGGCUAUUUUCGAAGCUACGGCUCGCCAUACCAAUGGCGCCGUGGCCCUUAUUGAUGACAACGAGCCACGACCAGUGAUGGUUUCUUCCGUGACUCUGGCUCAGCUAGAGCCUGGGGAUAUUGAUGGAAGCUACUGGCAAAAGAACUUGGAAAGUCCCGUUCUUUUUGAUCCUGCUAUGAAACAUCUUCUGGGUCUGAAGUUUGGCCCCGAGGCCCGCCACGUUGAUUGCCUUAUUGAGAUAGGCCCUCAUAGUUCCCUCAAGGGUCCCAUUCGGCAGAUUAUUGCAUCGCCCGAGGUUGCAAAUAUCUGGAACGUGAGUCUGGGGAUUGCUCCAAAGGUGACAUACGACCAGACACUUGAGCGCGGACAUGACGCCGAAGAUGACAUGAUGCAGCUUGCAACAAGCCUGUUCAUCAAAGGCUACCCACUCAAUCUCCUUCAUGUCAAUGGUCAUACCUCCUAUCGUCCAAACAAGAUCAUUCUUGAUCUUCCAAAGUACCCGUGGAACCACGAGACUCCGCAGCCCUUGAUUGUCAAUCGCUCUACUCAGGACUACAAAUUCGCUACCCACCCACGUCAUGACCUGAUUGGCAGUCGGCUGCCGGGAGGGAAUCGUAUGGAGCCCAUUUGGAGAAAUUAUCUUCGCCUGGAUGAUGUGCCCUGGAUCAAAGACCAUGUGAUUGGAAGUGCCAUCAUUGUACCUGGUGCGGCAUAUCUUGCCAUGGCCGUGGAAGCGGCAGCCCAGUUUGCUGAAGAUACCACGCUUGAUGGUCCACCAUUUGACUUCGAGGAUGCGAGAUUCCGUCUUCAGACCGUGACGAUCAAAGCGGCUCUUAUUCUUCCGGCUAGUGGCACCGCAGAUGUCAUGAUCAAUUUACGUCCCACAGAUGCCUCCAUCUCAUCCAACAGAUUCGAGUUCAAGAUCUGUUCCGUGGCGGACGACCGGUGGAUUGAGCAUGCCCAAGGCAUAGUAUCGUUCGAAUUGACAAACGGGAAAAAGACAGAGAGAGUCCCCUUCAACAAUGAGACCGAAGAGCCCGUCUUUGAGCAGACCUUUGGCAAAGAUGUGUGGUAUGAGCGACUGAAGUAUCGAGGCUUCGACUUCGGUCCUCUCUUCCGAGUUAUCGACGAGAUCGAAGUACUGCCUCAUGCUUCCCGUGCUCGCGCCAAAGCUCCUAUCCUCAAAACAGCGGAAAAGACCACACAGUAUGAGUCUCGGUAUGCGAUUCACCCUCUGACUAUCGACGCCGUACUCCAGGGACGGGUAGCUUCGGUAUACACCAGCCGUGCGGACCAAGAGGCAGCUACCCAAAUCCCCGUCUUUAUCGAAGAGAUGACGAUUAGCCCGUCUUCAUGGGCGAAGAACCAGACAGGGGUCAUCGACAGUGUUGCCUGGACUGAGGGUGCCCGCAGCGGUGGAUCCCACUCAACCCUAACCACGGAUAGCGGCUUUGAGAUCAUCGCAGCGCGCAAUGUCAAAUGGCGGCAAUUUGAGAACCAAGGAAGCCAAGAGAAAAUGAACAAAGAAAACGCGCGCGAGCCUUACUACCGCCUACAGUGGAAGCCGGACAUAGCAUUCCUGGAUACAGACGGCGCUCACAGUCUGUACCACAGCGAUUUCCACUCGGUCUCUGGGGCAGCCUACCUCGAUGAGGUCUACAAUAUCCGAACGCGGCUUGAGACAGUGACAGUUCUGUACAUCUGUGGUGCCCUGGACAUGGUGCAGCCGGAUGAUCUCCCAACAGACCCGUCGCUAAAGUGGGUGCUCGGAUUCUACAACUGGAUGUCCCACGUGAAGGCCGAAGCAGCAGCUGGACGCAUGAUCCUUUGUGAAGAAAAUGCCACGACUCUAGAUCCCCAGCAGCGAGAGCAGCGUAUCGCACAGCUUCUCUCCGAGUUGCCAGAAGACUUCCCGCAGCUCGAGUUCAACGCCAUAGUCUACAAGAACAUGAUUGAGAUCCUCAACGGCACAGUGGCUGGCAUCGACCUGGCCGUGAAAGCAGAGAUUCUCGCUCGCGUGUACGCAGACGGGUCCAUCCACGAUGCGGCACGGAAGAACCUGGCAUCUGUAGUCGACAUCUUGGCACAUAAGAACCCGACGAUGCGUGUGCUGGAGGUUGGCGCCGGCACAGGUAGCUGCACUAGCAUUGCUCUGGAUGUGCUCAAUGCAUAUGAUCGUGACACGCCUGGCCAUCAUGCCAAACGAUAUCAUGACUACACCUUCACCGAUAUCUCGCCGGCGUUUUUCGAGAAGGCCGAAGAGCUGUUCAGCGCGUAUCCGCCUAUGAUCUACAAGACAUUCGAUUUGUCGGUGGAUGCCGCUGAGCAGGGCUUCGAUCUCGGCGAGUAUGAUCUAAUUCUUGCGUCGAAUGUGAUGCAUGCUCCAGGGAAUACAGAUCAACUGCUUCGGAAUUGUAGUCGCCUGCUCAAGCCAGGUGGUAAGCUUGUGAUGCUGGAAAUCACGCAAACAGGCAGUCUUACCCCUGUGCAGUUUGCGUUCGGCACCUUGCCCAGUUUCUGGGAAUGUCUCGAUGAUCUUGAUGCUGACCGUCCGUUGGGGCCCUUCCGCACCCUUCCUUCGUGGGAGCAGCAGCUUAAGAUAUCUGGGUUCACGGGUCUUGACAUGGUUUUGACUGACUUCCCCGAACCACUGGCGUUGGAGAGUGUAAUGGUCGCCAGCAGUGUUGGCGAACAUUCGAACGGAAAUGUGGCAGCAGGCAUUUCCCGCGUUGCUAUUAUUCAUUCAACGGCCCAAUAUGAGUUGGCACGAGCCAUUGAGGAUGGGGUUCUCGCAUGCCAGACUUUCACCGAGGUCCCUAUCGCACACUGGUCUCUUGAAUCAAUGCCUUCGAUGGAGCAUAUCGGCGACAGCGAUAUGACGUAUAUCGUACUCGAGGAAGUACAAACCUCCGUGCUCUCAAACAUGCGAUCAGAACAGUUCAACGGCUUAAAGAGGCUCGUUUCGUCUGCGUCAAGCAUACUAUGGGUUACAGGAGGCGACUUGACUGUCGGCGGUAAUCCGCUGCUAGCAAUGGCCCAUGGUAUCAACACCGUGCUUAUGAACGAGAAUUCGACACGCAACCUCAAAUUCGCGACUCUUGAUGUCGACGAUACGAAUGCCGCCAAAACGGUCGAUCUUGCUAAGACUAUCGUCAACGUAUGGACCACGGUUGCUACCUCCGCAAACAGAGCGACGUGUGAGACAGACUUCAUGCUCAAGGAUGGUGUCAUCCAUAUUAGUCGCGUUGUGCCCGACAUGGAGCUGAACGAAGAGUUCACGCUUGACACUGGAGAAGGGAGAACUGAGCAAGAUUUCCCAACUACCGGUAAUGUCCAGUUGGCACUAGAGACCCCGGGUCUUUUGGAUACUGUGUAUUUCCGAGAGAAACCAACGUGUGACAUUGUGCUUGGUCCCGAUGAGGUUGAGAUUGAGGUGAAGGCUGUGGGGUUGAAUAUGAAGGACUAUGUCAUUGCAAUGGGCAACUUUGAGAGUGUCAAGUCCAGCAAUGAGAGCACUGGUAUUAUCUCUCGGGUAGGAGAGAACGUCACCCAUCUCCAACCUGGCGACAAAGUUAUCUGCCUGGAACGCGGAUUCUAUGACACCUUCCUUCGCAGCCCAGUACAGAAGUGCUUGAAGCUCGACGAUGAUGCUGAUCUCGUGAAGAUGGCUGCCGUUGGCAUAGCACAUGGCACGGCAAUCUAUGCGUUAGAGUACCUUGCGCACCUAGAGGCUGACGAAACAGUGUUGAUCCAGGCUGCCACUGGCGGUUUGGGACUUGCUGCUAUUCAGUAUGCCAAGUAUGUGGGAGCUGAGAUCUAUGCCACAGUAGGAACACAACGAAAGAAAGACUAUCUCAUCUCUGAGUGUGGCAUCGCCGAUGAUCAUAUCUUCUGGUCUCGAAAGCUGGAGUUCAAGGACGAACUACUGAAACAGACACGAGGCCGCGGCGUUGACGUCGUCCUCUCAACUAUCUCUGGUCCUGGAUUCCACGAAACCUUGAAAUGCCUGGCACCGUGUGGAAGGCUCAUUGACGUUGGACGUGGAAACGUCCUAGAUAAGGGAAGCAUGGGAUUACAUGCCUUCGACCGGAGCCUUGGCUUCUUCUCCUUUGAUCUCAACUAUGUGCUGGAGGAGAAACCAAGAAUUGCAGAGCGGCUUUUGUCCGACACGAUGAAGCUCCUCCGGGAAGGAAAGAUCGAGCCAAUUCGAUUGGACAGCACAUUCCACAUCACCGAGAUGGAGAAGGCUCUCCGCUACUUCGGUCAAGGACAACACAUUGGUAAGGUUGUACUGACUUAUGGUCCAACCUCAAACAAGGUCACAAUGAAGGGUGCCCUUCGGCCUCGGGGCAUCAACGCCAGCAACAGCUAUGUGCUUGCAGGAUGUCACGGCGGGCUGGGUCACAGCAUGGCUGACGCUCUGAUCGAGCAUGGAGCCAGGAAUCUCGUCUUCCUGGGGAGGUCGAGCGAGGACAAGCCCGAGAUUGCUCACUUCGUCAAGCGAGCACGGGAGAAUGGUGUGAAUGUAGUCACAAUUCAGGGAGACGUGGCCAAGAUAGAGGAUGUCGAGCGAGCUGUGGCUCAGGCCAUCUCAAUGGGACCGCUCAAGGGAGUUGUGCACGCAGCUAUGGUGCUACAGGAUGCCUUCUUUGAAACCAUGACUUUGGAGCAAUUCAACACUGCUGUUCGCCCCAAAGUGAACGGCGCGUUGAACCUCCACAAUACCACCAUAAAGGCCAACGCCAACCUCGACUUCUUCUUCAUGACUAGCUCGACAGUCACAUACGUCGGUCAUAUCUCACAGUCAAACUAUGCAGCAUCCAAUGCCGUGUUGGACAACCUAGCCCGGCAACGCAUCCGCGACGGCCUUCCAGCAGCCACAAUCUCACUAGGCCCAAUCAAAGGCGUGGGCACGCUGAAUCGCAAGCCCGAGUAUGCCGAGAAUUUGUUGCGGUCUGGACUGAUCGAGGCCGAGGAGUCGGAGUUCAUCAGACACUUCAACCGUUUCACGCACCCGCAACAAGAGUCAAAGCACUUUGAUAGUCUCACGCAGGGACACAUUCUCACUGGUGUCGAGUACUCCAAGCACGACCUCAGCAUGGUACAGGUCACGCGCAUAGAGCAAGAUCGCCGCUCAGCACUACUUGUCACGACUCUCGAGUCACGCAAAGCUGCUGGCAACAUUGGCGGUGUGGUAACCGAUGCCACCGGUGAUGACCUGCUGAUAUCCGACAUUCCCGAUGACCGUGAUAAGGCCGUUAUCGUACUGGCGGACGCUGUUGCAAAGCGGCUGGCCAAGUUGAUGUUUAUCCCCAUUGAGGAUAUUGAUAUCAGUCGUCCUUUCUCGCACUUUGGACUCGAUAGUAUGUCCGGCAGUGAGCUGAUUCAUUGGUUGAGCCAGAAAUUCGGCGUGGGAAUGUCAUUCUUGCAGCUCCUAGCUCCCUCAUGCUCGCCCAAGAGUCUGGCAGGGACUAUCUUUGAUACACUCGCGAAGGCGAGGGCUGCAGUUGCAGAAACUGCGCCUGUGACAAAUGGCUUGAAUGGCAAAGCUCAUGAGAAGGCCAGUGAAAAAUCUGAGAGCAAUGGCCUGAAUGGCUCCAACGGUGUAAAUGGUUCGAAUGGCGUACAUGACGUGAAUGGCCUGAAUGGUGCCUCGCCUCACAUUCGGAUGGAGAAAUUUUCUCAGUCAGUCAGAAGAGCAAUUGCUGAUCCAAAGCCGGUCAUGCAUUCAUAUGUUUGCUCUGUCAUCAACACUCAGGGUGAGCAACUUUACCGACUGUGCGAGGGGACACUGUCGCAGGAGUCCACCACCAAAGUUGACUUUGACGCUGUGUACGGGAUGGCUUCUCUCUCCAAGCUUAUGACGACUGUCGCAGUCAUGAUCUGUGUCGAGCGAGGACAGAUCUCCCUCGAUGAUGACGUUGCCCCAAUCCUGCCAGAUCUGUGUGCUCUCCCGGUUCUCAACGGUGUUGAUACUGAGGGUCGAUGCUUGAUUAAGCCCCGGACUAAGACCAUCACUCUUCGGCUACUGAUGAGCCACCAAAGCGGCUGUGGCUAUCAUUCCAGCCCGCCGCUGGCGAGAUGGGCGAGACAGAAUGGCAAAACAAACAGCGUCUUUGACAACGACUUUGAAGUUAUGAAAACCUUCCCACUCCUCUUUGAGCCAGGAGAGGGCUGGAUGUACGGUUCCGGCCCCGACUGGGCCGGCGAGGCCAUCGCACGAAUUAACAACACCACCCUCGAGGAGUUCAUGCGGACCAACAUCUGGGAGCCACUAGGCAUGACCUCGACAACCUUCCACCCCGAGCUGCACCCAGGAAUGAUGGACCGCCUGGUCGCGUUGUACGAGCGCACAGAAGACCACGGCCUGGAACGCGGCGCCUGGCUCUCGCACAUCCCAGCCAAGCACGACUGCGGCGGCCACGGGCUGUGGUCCACACCGCUCGACUGGACGAAGUUCCUUGGCAUGGUGCUCGCGGACGGCGGAUCGAUUCUUUCCAAGACCAGCAUCGACGAGAUCUUCAAGCCGCAGACAGUCGGCUCAAGUGAUCUUCAGGAGCUGCUAACCGGCCCGCUUCGUGCGUCGCUCCGUUCUACGGUUGACAUGGAUGCUGGUCGUAUUGAGAUGGCGCUAGGCGGCCCGCUGUACAUGGAUGCCAUCCCGGGCAAGCGCUCUGCUGGUACACUGCAGUGGGCUGGGCGGCCCAAUCUGUUCUGGUGGAUCGACCGGGCUAAGGGUAUUGCGGCUGCAACAUUUACGCAGGUUAUUUCCCAGGCGGAUGCCCGAUUCGAGGAGUUGACUAGCGAGUUUGAAACGGCGGUGUAUGCCGACUUCACUUGA